AAAACGACCGUGACGUUUUCACAGGAAGAUGGCGCUGUUUUGUAGUGUUCGUUUCCAACUCGCUUAGUUUGAGAGAGAAGAAGAUGGGUACCGGGGAAUCAGGAAGUAUGUACCGCGCUGUCAUGGCGGAGGAACACGAAGGGACGCAGAGCGGAGGGGUCGUUGAGCCGGUGCGGCGGAAAGCGGGUGGCCCUGCGGUGUCAGUCCCUCGGGGACUCGGCUCCGCAAACCACGCACCGAGGAAAAAGUUAAUUCUACACAUGGACCUAAACAACACCAUCCUAGUGUCGGACACGGUGACUGGACAGGGGACCGUUGCUGCUCUGGAUUACUUCCUCACUACCGUCACCUGGGGGAAGAUGAGCAAACACGGAAAAUGGGAAUGGCUGAGUGAUUCCGCCUCCCUAUACCCACCCUGCAGUGAUGCUUCCAGCUACUACUCUCAGUUUGGACGCUUACCAGGCUUCACCUCUGUUGCCGGGCGACGCUUCAGAGGACUUUUGGAUGAACAUCUGGAGCUGCUCCGCUGGCCUCAGGGCAUCAAGGAAGACAGACAGCUGUCUGUUAAAGGAGAGGAUGGACAACUUUACCACUGGAUCCUCCCUUCCUUCUUCCAGCUGAUCAGAGACCUGGCACAGGAAGGACGGGAGUUUGCCAUCGUUUUCCGCACAUUUGGAACAGACCUGCCUCGGGUUCUGAGAGCCAUGUCUCGAGCAGUAAAAGAGGGAGCUCAUCCACUGUUCCCUGAUCUGCCUGAGCUGAAGCUCGGUGUGGAUAUGACUCCAGGCAAGAUCCGCUGUAGCAAGAGAGGGAUUGUCCUGAGCCGGGCUGAAGACCGCGUAUCUACCCGUGAUGGGGAGAGAGGACUCUACCAGUACUUGAGCUCAGUGCAGGGUCUGGGUGGUUUCCAGGACCACUUUGACUGGUGGGCUACCAACAGCUUCUCCAUCCGAGGAGGGAAACCCUUAUGGAUAGACCCCUUUGACCAGCAUGUUCAGCACAUCUUUAUAGAUGACAAUAUCCGACAGAAUGAUGAGGAUACCAUUGUUAGUCCAAAGGUCUUCCUGGAGCCAGGCGGCGCCGACACUCGUACAGCAUGCACCUCUGAGCUGUACGACAUCUCCUUGGUUCAGACUGACCUCCUACGGGCCAUUUCGGACCACAGCUACUUCACUCAGCGUGUUCAGAUCUGUCUGGAAAACUAUGAGAGUAAUCUCCAGAAAGGGACAGUAUAGAAGCCACUCCAGGCACCUCCAAUCUCUAUGUGCAAUUUGUCCAUAUGACGAUUUGCAGUUUAGGCUGCUUUCAGCAAAAAAAAAACACUUCCAUCCCAACUCAGUAAGGGAUCAUAACAGACAAAGUGUUGUGUUGGACCAUUUAGGUCCAAGAUAAAGACCUUACUAAGAUGGAAGGUUACAUGAUCUUAUUUCAUAGGCAUUACAUGAACUCACUAAAAGUGUGGCACUGAGGUUAUUUAAAUUGCAACAAUUAUUAACUUAUUUAUAAAAUACUCGAUUUACAAAAGAUUGCCAGUUCAUAGAAAGAGCACUUACAGUUAAGCCUUAUAUUAUUAAUACACCUGGCAGAUUUAGAUUUAACAUUAUUUUCCUUUAGCUUCCAGAGGUUUGUUUCUGAUAUGAAAAUAAUUGGGCAUCUCAAAGAUAAAAACAAUGUGAAAGGCAUGUCAAAGAUGAUUUAAACACCCUCAAUAAUUAAUGGCAAAAUCUUUAUUAGCAUUACAGCCAUCAAAGCCUUCCUGUAAAGGCUGAGCAGCUUUUUAUGUUUCUACUGGUGAUUUAUCUUAGAUGAUGAGCUCUGGGUCUUUGGAGUUGGAAGGCCUCUUUGCCACCCUAAUAUUUGGCUUCCUCCGCAGUAGGGGUUCACAGUCACAAUAACAAUAUGAUUUGUGAAAAAAAACUAUUACAGUUAAUCCACAAAGAAUUCACAGCGCUGCACUUUUUCCACGUUUAGUUAUGGUCCAACCUUAUUCCAAAUGAUAUGAAAAUGAAUCUUUCCUCAACAUUCUACACACAUAUGACAAUGUGAAAGAAGUUUGUUUGAGAUUGUUCCAAAUGUAUUUCAAAUAGAAAACUAAGAAAUCACAUUGAUGUAAGUAUUCACAACCUGUGCUGUGAAGCUUACAAUUGAGCUGAGAUAUUCACCCGUGGUAAGUCCAGUUAAUUGGACACGAUUAGGAAAAGGACACACCUGUCUGUAUAAAGCUCCACAGUUGACUGUGUAUGUUACAGCGCAAACACCAAGCAUGAAGUCAAAAGAAUUGUCUGUACACCUCCGAGACAGGAUUGUUUUGAAGCUUUCUGCUGCUUUGAAGGUCCCCAUGAGCACAAUGGCUUCCAUCACUCGUAAAAAUGUUUGGAACCACCAUGACUCUUCCUAGAACUGGCCGGCCAUCUAAACUUAGAAAUCGGUCACUCUGUUAGAGCUCCAACGUUCUUCUGCGGAGAGAGGAGAACCUUCCAGAAGGACGACCAUCUCUGCAGCAAUCCAGUCACGCCUGUAUGACAGUGUCCAGAUGAAAACCACUCCUUAAUAAAAGGCACAUGGCAGCCAGUCUGGAGUUUUCCAAAAAGCACCUGAAGGACUCUCAGAUCAGGAGAAACUAAAUUCUCUUGUCUGAUGUGACAAAGAUUGAACUCUUUGGUGUGAAUGCCAGGCGUCAUGUUUGGAGGAAACCAGGCACCACUCAUCACCAGGUCAAUACCAUUCCUGCAGUGAAGCAUGGUGGUGACAGCAUCAUGCUGUGGGGAUGUUUUUCAGCAGCAGAAACUGGCAACUUGUGGCAUCAUAUUCAAAAAGACUUGAGGCUGUAAUUGCAGCCAAAGGUGGAUCAACAAAGUAUCAAGUGAAGGCUGUGAAUACUUAUGGAAAUAAAUUCUUAGUUUUCUAUUUGUAAAACAAUUUGCAGCAAUCUCAAAAACCUUUCACAUUGUCAUAAUGGGGUAUUGGUUGUUGAAUUUUGAGGAAAGAGGUUAGUUUGAUACCAUUUGGAAUGACGCUUGAACAUAACUAAAUAUGAAAAAAGUUUAACAUCACUUCCGGCCAGAAGAAACAUGUUGGUAAUUUAAAAGAUUAAACCUAAAUCUGGCAGAGGUAUAAAUAGUCACAGCAGAGAUGGUGACUUGACUUUCAGACUAGGACUCGAGUUGUGCUUUAAUUACAAACACAAAGAUUUGACUUAUACUCUAGCUCUAAAGACUUGAGACUUGACUUGUUUUCUGUGACUUGAGUCUCCUUAACAGUUUUAUGUUUAUUUUUCAGGAGUGAAAACAUCCCGAUACCGUUACCUUUCAGAGCUACAGACCGUAGAUCUCGAAACAUGGUUACUAUUUAGAUUUGACUCCCGGGGUCAAUGGGCCAGGACUCAAUCCCGUGAGAGCUGCGUUGAGGACCAAGGCCUCCGUACAACAGCUGCACAACAGCCGUGCCCCUGUAUGAUUUUUCUUCAAGUUAUGUUUAUUGUAGUUAUAAAUGGAUAGUUCUUAUGAGGUAAAACAUCUGCUUAAUCCAUUAGAGUUUGAAGCAGCUCAUAAAGUUUGCAUAUUUAAUAACCUGUAAAAAGAUUAAAAGCUAAUGUAUUAAAUUAGGCCCGAGUUCAACUACAAAAUGAAUUCUGAACCUACAGCAAAGCAGCGUAACCGGCAGACUGGGUGGCAUGCAUUUGAUUAGAAAAUGUUUAUUUCUGUAGAGACUUGACUUGGACUUUAGAAAAGAGCUCUGUGAACAUCUGACUUUUAGUAAAACUCAGUUCUGUGUUUAAGUCUUUUGUCUUCACAUGAAACCUAGCUAAGUGUUUUCAGAAACAUAACAAAACCUCUUCAGCUGCUGAGUUUUUACCUCAACUCCUUAUUAAGUGUCAUGUCAGAGCAGUUGGAUACCAGUGGUAAUACUUGAAUAUUUCUAGAUGAAGAUAGUAUGAUUUCUUUCUGCAGUAGAAUCACAUCAGAAAGCUUCAACAGUUAAUGGACACAAAGUUAUGGGUAUUAGUUCUAUUAUGAUUAGACUCAGGUGCUGAAAAGAUGGAGAGUAGGAAGGAGAAAAUGAGACGGCGGUGGAAGCUAUGACGACCGGCACAAAGGGGACAAAAUCAGACGCCGCUUGAUCCAUCUUUGGGUGUGAGCGCGCCAAGUUGGUUCACAUCCUUCACGAUGGAAAUCAGUUUCUAAUGAUCACACAGUGUGAAUCAGGUUGAGGGGCAGGGUUUUAGGAAGCACUUUUCAGAGCAGAUUGAUAAUCUGAAACAAUCUACUGGUGUGAUGUUAGGGUUUCAUGUGAGUUAUUCUCUGCAGGUUCUGAUGUUUGAAGUAUUUUGAAGUUUACUUUUCCUUAAAGGUUUUUGAAUAUAUUUAAUAUUUGCUUUUAGAGAGGUCAGUUUAUAAAGAGCUAAAGGAACACUCAGAUUAACCACUAAUCCUCCAGAAAACACCUGAAAGCACUUUGUUUAGUGAUGGCAGAAAUGGAUUAUUUAGGGAUGAAUGAUAAGCAUUAGACAUGCGAGUGCAGACAACUGCAGUGUUUCAUUUACAGCAGGUUUUAUACCAGUUUGAUUGUUACACCAAUCUAAAACCGCAAACUGAAGACUUCUUUACCAGGAUUUCACUGCAAAAAUUGAGUAAUACAUUUGAUUUUUUUUUUAAAUUAAAUGUAAAACUAGAAAUAAAUUUGAGAAAGGCAACAAAACCUAUUUAUCAAAGAUGUUAUUUACACAGGUAUUGUGGCUGAGAGUAGGUAUGUCUAGUUCAUCAUCUAGAAAGGUUGCAGCAUAAUAAUAGAUGGAGUUUAUCUCUUGUUGCUGAUUGUUUUAUGUUUUUUUGAGUAAAAGGAGUAUUUGAGUAUUAUGGUGAGCAACUGGGAUAAUUCAGCCCAGAAAUCACUGACAUUUACAACAUUAGGCAUAUUUAUUUACACUUCUGGUAAAGAUCUUUUACUGUAGCAGCAUAAUCUCUGUCUGAAAAUCCAACUUUAUUUUUUCAGUACAUUUCAUAAGUGGAAACAUGAACAGGUUAUAUAAUCUGUUUCAACAACAGGACAGAUUGCAGAGUUUUUAGCAACUUUGCUGUAAAACCUUCUUUUACUUGUGUUCCUGUUAGCUCCUUUGAUCAGCUCAGCCUGCUGGUUUUCCAUAGGAUCAUCUGGAGACAGCGAUGGGCCUAGAAGAAGGAUCAUUUAUUUGUUGGGUGAACGAUUUCUUUACUUAUUUAGCCAAAUGUUCUGGAUCCAUCGUCCUACUAAGACCCAGUGCCAACCCACAGUGUCAGAGUCCACCAGAUUUGUAUUUAAAUUGUCCUGGUACUUUAAAGAGUUACUGCUCCUGUCCACUUUAAAAUUAUUCCCAGGGCCUUUGUAAGAGAAAGUGGCCCAAAGACUCUCAGAUCCUUCACUGUACUAAACAUAACGUGCUUUUCUACAUAUUAAUCCUUUGUUUCACACCAAACCUACCUGAAAUGUGUUUGUUGCUGAAAAGCCCAUUCUUCAUCUUAAAUGACCAAAGGACACGGUUUCGUCUAAUGUCCCAAUAGUGUUUAGUGAACAGCACGUUUAUGAUUGUGAUGUUCUUUUAGCGACAAAAUGUCCCUGAAUGAAAGGUUCGAUUUUUCUGACAAUUUCAGUGGUGGAUUAUAUUGCUGCAAUAAAAGAUGAAUUUGGGCCUUUUCUACCUGUUUACUCACAGGGUCAAUAUAUGUGGCUGACACUGCAACAAUCAUGACUUUAUCUUGUCAACGUGUUCAUUCUUAUUUGAAUCACAUGGUUGCUGCCAAUCCCAGCAUGUUGUGCCACCCUGCUAAACAUAUCAGAAUUAUAUAGAAACAUUCCUGCCAUAAUUGUGCAAUUUGUUGUUUUUUUUUACUUUUGUGAAAAUCUGAACAAAUUCAAAUCUAAAGUAUUGCUAAAUAUAUAAUGUUGCUUGGUUCUGUAAGCUGCCAUUACAUCCUUUCAGAAGUAGAGGGCGCCAUAUACAAACUUUGUAAUAAAAUAAAGGCUCCCUAGAUCCUGGAGUUACAUGACCAUUAUUAUUGACUAAACAUGUUUUAACAUGAGGGCGAGUUGGGUUUUAUUUUUUAGUUCUGGUUUCUGAGAUGGUCAUACAAUCACAUGCGUGGACAUGUGAAAGAAAACAUGACUUUAUUCCUCAGAAAAUUAAAAAUUGUAUUGAAUGAGGUAUUUAGCUAAAUGCUUUAUCCCUGGAACAACUAACUCGUGUGUUUUCAAGUGAAAACCAAGCCAAAGUAGCUCUAAGAUGUUCAUUCAUGUUGAAUGGUUCCCUUGAUGUGGGGCAACCUUAUUUAAAUUUUAUCAGAACCUAAAGUGUAAAAAGAAAGAAAAAAAAAAAAGGUUUUCUGCUGUUUAUUUUUCUGAUGUAAAACAUGAAUUUUUGGGUAAAUAAAGGAUUUAAGUUUU